AAAAUUAGGUUUAGGUAGCUCUGCAGUUAACGGGUUCUACAAAUUUUAGCUACCUUCUCAAUCAGCUCGGCUCGGCUCGGCUCUUUUAUUAACACCAAAAAUUGGAAGUUGAGUGGAACGCAGCGGAUUUUAUUAAAAAACAAAAAAAAAAAGGAAUAGAGAAGAAAAGCAGAAACGGAGAUGGCACAGCAGCAGAGCAAAGAGCCGUGCAAGAAGGAGGCUUGCGACAUCCAAGCUUGUCUUUCUAAAAACAACUUCCUUCCCAAAAGGUGCCUCAAAGUCAUUGAAUCGCUGCAGUCUUGCUGCGAGAAAUGCAAUUACAACUCAACCCACUGUGCUUCUGUGUCUGGUCUGUUAAAGCAAAUAUCCAAGUAAAAACCCUUUACCCCUCCAUUUUAGGUUGAAGUUUGGCUCAAACUGUCAUCUUUGAGACGGGAUCUUUAAAAAUAGAUGUAGUUUCCACAAUGUGGUGGUAAUACUUUCACCAGUCAAAAUAUCUGUUUCUCAAUGCUUGCCAAUUUUGUUGAGUUUAUACAAUGUUAAUACAGUAAUAAGCUGGGGUGGAAUGAGGAAGUGUAGAAAAGAGAACUAUUUUGCAAGGAUUUUUUGUCACUUGAAAGUACGAUAGAAACUUUUUGGAUGUAAGUCAGCAAGCAUUUAAAAAUAUGGAGUUAUACAGGAUAUUUCUACUUAUGAGAUUCUUAUUCAUGAUGUAACCUAACGGUAUUUUGUUUUUAUGCGAAUAAAAAAGAAGGCGAACUGUGUUAUAACUUUUGCUAAA